GCUCCUUGGUUACAUUGCAAAUAUGGCCGCAUGAAAUAAUGCCAAAAAUUAUCUUUCGUUUCGAUAAUAUUUUUAUUAUAGUAUGAUAUUAGCAUAUCGCAAGAAGUUUAUAUUGAUAUCAGUGCAUUGAAACAGUGUUUGGACUUAUGUUUGCGAACAUUUCAGACGACAAAAUUGCAACAAAAUGAGUAAAGAUAGUGGAUCAACAAAAACACAAGGUCUUGAUUCCUCAGGUGUUUCAGAUGACACAGCAGGACCAAGUCCAAGAACAGGUCCAUUUGAUCAUACCUCGUCACAGAAGUUAGAGGGUGUGACACAGAUCCAUGCUGCUGCUGUAAAUGGAGACAAAGCAUGGCUGGCAAGACUCAUUGUUUCUCAAACAGGAAGUGGUAUCAUAGAUUCUGGGGACCAGUUUGGGAGGACUCCAUUAAUGUUCUGUGUCCUGGCUGACAGACUAGAGUGUGCUGAACUUCUUCUUAAAGCCGGGGCUCAAACCAAUCAGAGAGAUAAAGGUGGUCGGACAGCUCUGCACUGGGCAGCACAUAAGGGAAAUGUUCGAUUAUUAAAACUGCUUCUUUCAAAGGGAGCUAACUGCCAUGAGAAGGAUAAUGAAGGUCAAACUGCCCUGCAUUUGUGUACCAGACAUAAGUCACCGAAAUGUAUCACCCUGUUGCUACGGCAACUGUCGCCGGGUGAGAUUGAUGAUCAAGAUAGAAAUAAGAGGACAGCAUUGCAUUGGGCAGCAUCAUAUGGUAAUUUAGAACAUGUGAAAAUGCUGAUCAAACAGGAUUCAAACAUCGGUAUACCUGAUAUAGAAGGUAAAACACCACUCCACUGGGCAGCCAGCAGCAGGGAUCCGGAGGCAGUGAACUGUGUGAAACUUAUACUGGACACAACUCCCAGUGUUAUAAAUUGGCAAGAUUUUGAAGGUAGAACUGCCCUACAUCUAGCUGUAGCUGAUGGCAAUGCAAAUGUAGUGAAAGGAUUGGUUGCUGUUGAGAACUGCAAUGUAUCAGCCCUAGAUAAUAUGUUUAGAACUCCUUUACACUGGGCAGCUGUUCUAGGGCAUUCAAAAAUAGUGUCUCUUCUGCUAGACAAUAAUGCAGACUUCUCUAGUUCAGAUCAAAAUGGUGCUACCCCACUACAUUAUGCUGCCCAAAAUAACUUUGAUGAAACUUGUGAGAUGUUUUUGGCUCGUGCCAGUGUCACUGAUGAAGCUGAUGUUGAAGGACGUACAGCGUUUAUGUGGGCCGCGGGUAAAGGCGCUGAUCAAGUCAUCUCAGUAUUUAUUAAACAUAAUGUCGAUAUACAGCAAGUCGACAAAAAUGGUGGAUCAGCUUUACAUGCCGCUGCUCUUUCUGGACAUGCACGUUCAGUGAAGUUAUUACUGGAUCACGGGGCUCAUAUAGAUGCUGCCGAUUUUAUGAAGCAUACACCGUUGUUCCGAGCUUGUGAAAUGGGCCAUACUGAUGUUGUACAGACUCUGAUAGAUGACGGAGCGAGGGUCGACAUGCUUGACGAUGAUGGCAGAUCUCCGCUGCAUUGGGCUGCUCUUGGAGGACAUGCAUAUAUAUGUCAGACUUUAAUCAAAUAUGGUGUAGACCCUAAUAUCAAAGAUUUCUCAGGACGAACCCCGAUACAGUGUGCAGCAUAUGGAGGCUAUGUUAACUGUAUGUCUGUACUCAUGGAACAUAAAGCUGACCCUAAUGCUCAUGACCAUGAGGGUAUGACAGCAUUACACUGGGCAUGUAGUAAAGGUCAUCUAGAUGCUGUCAAGUUACUCAUAGAAUAUAGAACUUUUCCUAACCACAUGGAGUUUACAGAAGACAGGUACACACCAUUAGACUACGCAUUAAUGGGAGAGCACCAUGAAGUGGCUCAGUACAUGUUAGAACAGGGGGCGCUUUCAAUAACCGGAAUACAAGAUAUCGCUGCGUUAAAAAUCCAGUCAGCUUUCCGAGGGUACCGAGUGCGGAAAACAUUUAAAGAAAAUAAACGAUUGCUGAUGAAGCAUGAACAGCUAAAGAAAGAGGCAGCGAGGAAAAGAGCCACAGAAGAGUUCAGGAAGAAGGAGGACGAUAAACAUCGCAAAGAAGUUGAGGACCGACUACGCAAAACAACGAUACACGGAAGUAAAUCAAAAUCGGAUCACGAUCACAAAUCGCGGCGGGGUGACCCCCACAGGAAAGCUAGACGAGAGACAAAAGAAGAGGAGGAGCAUGCCUUACAGAAACAAAAAGUAGCCAAAAAUGUUAAAAAAACAGAAACCAAUAGAUUACAUGAUUUUAGACGCAAGCAGUAUGCUGCACAACGGAUACAAAAAGCAUGGAGGAAUCACAAAAUGCGGUCAUUUGCAAUUUUACUGACAGCAAAACAAGCAGUACAUAAAAUGAGACUGAGACAAGGUGCGGAGGAGUUCCAUAAACAGAUAGCUGCCCUUACCAUACAGCUGGCAUGGCGUAAAUAUAUCAGACGUAAAUUAUUACAAUCCUUACAUCCAAACAAACGCCAACUAAGAAUGUGGGAUCCAGAGCUUAUUGCCAUGAAACAGAGGGCCCUUGUUUCACAAAUCUAUGGGGAACAUAUAGAAGCCCCAUUUUGGCAUCCAAAUAUGCUGAGACCACAGCGGCCAUAUUGGGCAAAACUAGCACCAUCUUCAGCAGAUUCAGGCCCUGGAAGUAGAGCUCUGUCGUAUAACUUUGCUAUAGACCAAUACCAUCCGCUUGUGGCUAAAAAAGGUUGUAUGCCGUCCCCGUUCCUCGAUGAUAAAGGUCACCCGAAGGAAUUUAUUUGGCAAAUGAUUGACGAGGAUGAAUUACAAGGUCAGUUAAGUUUGAUCAAGCUGCAGGAAAGUCAGUCACAGUCUCGUAAUUAUUCCUACAACAUGAGGAGAUAACUCUAUUAUACUGUUUUGAUAUUACCAUCAUCAUGAGAAGAUAACUCUUUCUACCAACAUGAGGAGAUAACUCUCACAUACAGCUUCAAUUUUACCUUCAUCAUGAGAAGAUAACUCUGCUGCAACAAAACACACUGCUGCUUAUUUUACUCCAUUUACAAGCAGUGAUUUAUUAAAAUUCACACCAAUGAUAUGAUAACUCUAGCUACAAUUAAUUACUGCAUGGAUUGCUCUUUAAACGUGAAGAUAUAAUUAUUUUAGCUACCAUAAAUAACUACAUGACCUGCUCUUUUAAUUUUAUAUAGCGAGAUAACUCUACUAGCUACAACAAAUUACUGAAAAACGCUUUCAGUUUUAGAAGAUAACUCUGUUAACUUUGAUAAAAGAGUGGAUUUGUAUUUGUUAUGUGAGGAGAUAUCUCCAGCUACAAGUUUUACUGCAUGAUUUGCUAUGUCCUUUGGGGAGAUAACUCUAGCUGAAAUAAAAUACUGCAUAAUUUGUUCUCAUAAUUAUAGGAGUUAAGUCUAGCUACAAUAAAAUACUGCAUAAUUUGUUCUUGCAAUGUAAGAGGAUAACUCAACCUACAAUUAAUAAUUGCAUUAUUUGCUAUUUUGAAGUUUUAGCACAAUUGAUAUUGCCAUACUUUAAGUGGUGUUAUUCUAUCUUACAACAAAUGUCCGCUUUAUUUUUUUUGAUUAAAUACAUGUAUUACUGUGAUAAUCCAUGAGGUGAUGCUUCCAUGAGUUAAUGAGAUUUAAGUUAACCAUGGGGAGAUAUUUCCGUCCCUAACAAAUGUGUUAAUUAGUUUUAAAUUAACCAUGGGCUGGUACUUUCGUCCAUAUCAGAUUUGUAAAUUAGUUUUAAGUUAACCAUGAGGUGAUACUUUCAUCCAUAACAAAUGUGUUAAUGAGUUCAAGGUUAACCAUGAGGUGAUACUUCCGUCCAUAACUAAUGUGCAAAUGAGUUCAAGGUUAACCAUGAGGUGAUACUUCUGUCCAUUGAGUUUUAUGUUAACCAUGAGGUAAUCUCAAUCCAUAACAAAUGUGUCAAUGAGUUUAACCAUUGGGGAGAUAUUUCUGUCCUUAAUUGUUCAAUGUAUUUUUACACCAUGAGGAGAUGUGUCUAUCUCAUCGACAGUGUCAUGUUAAACCAUGAGAAGACACACCAUUUUAUUUUGAAUGUUUUAGUAUGUUUAACCAUGAGGACAUACUAAUGUCAUUCGUUGCAAUGGUUUAAAGCUUAAUACAAUGAGAACAUAUUUCCUUCAUAAAUAAGUAUUUUAAUGUCAUAAAACAUAAUACAUAUCCGUCCAUAACAAAUUCUUAUAAAACUGUGACCGUCCAUGAAAAAUAUGUUGAUGUGUUAGACCAUGAGAUAUUUCAACCCAUAACAAAUGUCUUGUUCAACCUUUUGAAGACAUUACCAGGGAUAAUAAAGUUUCAUGUGUUUAACACUAUAGAAAUAUUUCCAUCCUUGGUGUAUGUCUUAACUUUGUGCUUAACCAUGAGAGAAUAUUUCUUUUCUUAAGCUGUAUCUUUUCUUAAACCAUGAGAAAAUAAUUUUUGUAAUUGAAAUAAAGUUUAAAGUACUUGUAUAUCUAGUUAGGACAAAAUGUCAACUGGUAUCUAUAUAACAAAAGUAUAGUUGUAUUAAGAUGUCUUACAGCUUUUAACCAUGAGAUACUUACAUUGUUCUAUGUAUUAAAUGGUAUAUUUACACAAUGACUUGAUGUGUUUAAAAGCAUGAACCGAUAUAUCUGUCUAAGGAUAUUUACUGUAACAGCAGAAUUUUAUUCUCUAUCAAAACAUAAGUAAAACUUAGAUUUAGAAAAUUAUCAUGCAUGCUUUUGAUGGAAUAAGAAGAUACUGGAUAACUACAGUCUCUUUUGUUAUGUUUCAUGAGGAGAUAAUUUCUGUCUAUUUUAUCAGUUAUAGAUAUCUAUUUAUUUCUUGUAUUUCAUUUUAGUGUUAUGAAGCAAUGAUAUUGUCAAAAAAAAACAACCCAAAAAAUACCAGUAAGUUUCAGAAUUUUGUAUAGGGUCUUGUUGCUUUAUUUAUGAGGCGAAGAUUUUAUUCAUAAAUUACCCUUUACACAGAUAAUUUCUCCACAUUUUUGAUACAAUGCUAUCUGUUGUAAUAAAAGAAGAACUGUCAAGAAAAAUAACUGUUUAUAUGCAAAAAUAAUGUGUACAUUAUUGUGUCUGAUAAGUGUACAUUAUUUAUUUCUUUGCUCAGUGAACACUCCCAGUUUUAUGUGUACAUUGUUGUUUCUGAACUAAGUGUACAUUGUUGGCUCAGAUUAUAGUGUACAUUUAUUCUCUGAUGGAAGUGUACAUUGUUGGCUCAGAUUAUAGUGUACAUUGUUGGCUCAGAUUAUAGUGUACAUUUAUUCUGUGAUGGAAGUGUACAUUGUUGUCUCAGAUUAAAGUGUACAUUGUUGGCUCAGAUCAAAAUGUACAUUGUUAGCUCAGAUCAAAAUGUACAUUGUUGUCUCAGAUCAAAAAUCAUAGUGUACAUUUAUUUAACAGAUCAUAGUGUAUAUGUUUUUGUUAGAGCACAAUGUACAUAAUUUGUCUCAGUGCUUUGUGUACACUUUUUGUCCCAGUUUUCUGUAUACAUUAUUGACUCAUAGCAAUGUUCAUUACAUGUCUGAUUGAUGAUGUGUACACUUUUGUCUGUGUACAUUAUUGUCUCAGGUCAUAGUGUACAUUAUUGUCUGGAUGCACAUUGUGCAUUAUUUGUAUCAGUACUCUAUGUACACUUUUCUGUGAGUAAUCUGUGGAUAUAUUUGUUUCCAGUGCUGCAUGUGUAACCUUGAAAAUAUCUCUGUCGGUGUUCCGUGUCAGGUUCGAGUAGUCAUUGUUUAUGUCUAGAAAUGAUAGAAUUUAUGCAAAGUCUGUGAAUUUAGAUACUUAUUAUUUAUCUGUUACAGAAAAAAUGAUGAUCUGUUGAAAUUCCUGUGAUAGUUGUUUAUUUUAUAUAUAUAUAAUAGAUUCAUUGUUUCUUAUAUAUGUAAUAAAUCAUUCAAUAAAAUAUGA